GGAAAAGGAGUGUGGCUGACAUGGCUGAAGAUGCUGGGGACGGUCCUGCGUGUAGCGGGAUGGGCGGUAAGCAGGAUCCUGUGUCUAGUGCUGGCGGUUGCAACUUUCCAGAGUACGAGUUCCCGGAGCUGAACACUCGCGCUUUCCACGUGGGAGCCUUUGGGGAGCUGUGGCGCGGCCGGCUGCGCGGAGCCGGGGACUUGUCGCUGAGGGAGCCGCCGACCCUCGGGGUUGCGGACUCCGACCUGGAAGAUGUCGCGGUGGCCCGGGAUCUGGGUUGCAGCCUGGAUGCGGCGGCCGAGCUGAGGGCGGUGUGCGGCGUUGAUAAACUGAAAUGCCUUGAAGAAGGUGAGGAUCCUGAAGUCAUUCCAGAAGAUACUGACCUGGUGACUUUGGGGUUAGAUAAUAUGUUAAAAAGUAUUAAUAACUGGAAUUACAAUGUUAUACUGGAGUCACAUGCAAUAGGCAAAAAGCCUGAAAAUCCAGCAGACCUGAUUGAAGAAGGAGAGCUUAUCCUAUCUGUGAAUAUCUUGUAUCCUAUUAUAUUUCAAAAGCAUAAAGAACAUAAGCCAUUCCAGACGAUGCUGGUUUUGGGCAGUCAAAAGCUCACAGAACUGAGAGACUCAAUUUGCUGUGUCAGUGACCUGCAGAUUGGUGGAGAAUUCAGCAACACUCCUGACCAAGCUCCUGAGCAUAUUAGCAAAGACCUAUAUAAAUCAGCCUUCUUUUAUUUUGAAGGGACAUUUUACAAUGAUAAAAGAUACCCGGAAUGCAGAGAUUUGAGCAGAACUAUCAUUGAAUGGUCAGAAUCCCAUGAUCGAGGCUAUGGAAAGUUGCAUACUGCUAGAAUGGAAGAUUUUACCUUCAACGACCUAAAAAUUAAACUGGGCUUUCCUUACUUAUACUGUCACCAGGGAGACUGUGAACAUGUUAUUGUCAUUACAGACAUAAGGCUUGUGCAUCAUGACGACUGCUUGGAUAGAAAACUUUAUCCACUUCUUACUAAAAAGCACUGGCUAUGGACCAGAAAAUGUUUUGUGUGUAAAAUGUACACAGCUAGGUGGGUGACGAACAAUGACAGUUUUGCACCAGAGGACCCAUGUUUCUUUUGUGAUGUUUGCUUCCGAAUGCUCCACUAUGAUUCAGCUGGCAACAAACUGGGGGAAUUCCUUGCUUAUCCAUAUGUUGAUCCUGGAACCUUUAAUUAAUGCAAAAACAAAAACCAAAUGUUUGAAAUAUCUUUUACUAUUUAUUCCAAAUAUAUUUAUUUUGUGAUUUUCACUUGGGUUGUUUUUAUCUAAUGGAUUUAUAGAAGAGCUUUAUAUAUUCUAAUUAUGUAUAUGGGCAGAUACACAAUUCUCAUUCAUUUCUCUGAAUCCAUUGCUUGCCUAUUCUGUAUCCUUAGUGGUUUUUGUUGUUCUUUUGUUUUUGCUAAGGACAGAAUAUAAUUAAUGAUAAAUCAGGUAUCAGAAGUAUUUUGAAAAUUCUUUGAAUGAUUUUUUUUUUGGGCGGGUCCUGGGGCUUGAACUCUGGACCUGGGCACUG